GCGAAUAUGUGCCUUCUCCGGCGUGGCUGCUGCUGUUCUCGCGUUUGAGAGGCUUCUGCCGUUGCCAUGCUUUUCCCAACCUGCGCCAACAUCCAAGGUGCCCAAAGAGAGCACCAAUGAAGAUGUACUGACGACCGAAGAGCUGAAACGGGCAGCAAAGCGUUUGAACGUUGAGCUUCGGGAAAACGUCGCAGGGCCUUGGUACCAGAUUGAGCUUUGGAGCGGAGAUCGUCAGCUGGGUAAAACCAGCGGUUGGGCCCAGCCUUGGGGCAGCCUGCACCUGGAGACGAUCGAGGUGCGAAAGUUCACAGGCUACUGGGUGGCGAAGCCCGCAAGGGGAGAGGCCAAGGAACCCGAGCAGGCAGAGGCAGAUCAGGCAGCAGUGGAGGCGGAGGAGAAGAAGCGCUACGCUGACAUUGCCAAGGUAGCACGAUGGUUUGGCUUACUGCUCUCCAUGGCCAUUGCCUGCUGGAACAGGGAAAGAUCUCCCUUCUUCUGCAAGGAGGCAUUCCUGCUGGCCAUCUAUGAUGAAGACAAGCAGCAUGAGCGUCUCGUCCGUUAUUACAAAGGCCUUGGCUUCAAGGUCAUCAAAGAUGCGGAGAGCAUCGAUUAUCAGGACCAGGUGAUCUGGGGCGGACAGGGCACACUGAUGCGCACUGACGAGGGAGACUUCAUGCGAAGAUGGACGCCUGUGGUGCGGCAACUGGCUGGGCCUAAGCGGAUGGGCCGGAGUGACCCUGCCUGA